AUGCAGUCAUCGAAGAGUAUCAUUCUUGUCUGUUGUGGUUCUUUCAACCCAAUCCAUGAGUUACACCUUUUGAUAUUUGAAAUUGCAAAAAAUUACUUUACACUCAACGGCCGCAAUUGUUACAAAGGGAUCAUUUCUCCAGCCAACGACAGAUACUGGAAAAAUGGUCUCCUUCAUUCUUCGCAUCGUGUUGCAAUGUGUAGAGAAGCUGUAAAAACAUCUGAUUGGAUUACAGUUGAUGACUGGGAAAGUAAACAGACGGACUACGUUAGAACAUACAACGUCUUGUCUCAUGAAAGAGAAGUUUAUGGAAACGACUAUGACAUAUACUUCAUUGGUUCAGACGAUUUAUUACCAAACAUGGCAGAUCCCAAAUGUUGGGAUCCCGUCUUACUUGAGAAGUUGGUCUCUGAGUUUGGUGUUGUGAUGUUGCGACGACUUCUUGAAAACCCCGAAAAAGAAGUUGAGAAAAACGCCAUUUUAGUUCGACACAAAGAGCAUAUUUUUGUUUGUAGUGGUUUCCAAGCACAACACAGUUCAACAGAAGUUAGAAAUUUGGUAAAACAAGGACUCAGUAUCAAGUAUAUGGUACCAGACUUAGUCAUAGACUACAUUAAAGCAAACAAACUUUAUUUGGAAUAA